CGAGGGGGCGGGGCCUUGGCGUUGCCCGCCUCCAAGCCUUGAAGCGCUGAGCGGAGGCGUAGAAGAAGGUAUUCCAAAGAUCCGCUAAGCGGCCAGACCAGCGGCGGGGAUGGAGGGAAUGGUAAUGCGACUGUUGCGCGGCGGCGCGCUGCUAAGAAGAAACUUCCUGACUUGCCUGUCUUCUUGGAAAGCUCCUCCUCGCAUCCCCAGAUCUUCCCAGUCAGAAGCUCUACUCAAUAUAGCAAAUAAUGGGCUCCCCUACGCCCCCCUGCAAACAUUCACAGAGGAGGAGAUGAUGCUAAAGAGGACAGUUGAAAGAUUUGCCCAGGAACAAAUUGCUCCUUUGGUUUUAACAAUGGAUGAAAAUUCAAAAGUGGAAAAAUCAGUAAUACAAGGAUUAUUUCAACAUGGGUUGAUGGGAAUUGAAAUUGACACCAUCUAUGGAGGAACAGGAGCUUCGUUUUUCUCCUCUGUCCUAGCGAUAGAGGAAUUAGCCAAAGUUGAUGCAUCUGUGGCUUUGUUUUGUGACCUCCAGAACACACUAAUUAACACACUGAUCAUGAAACAUGGAACAGAAGAACAAAAGGCUACCUAUUUGACCAAGCUAGCUACAGAAGAAAUAGGAAGUUUCUGCCUUUCAGAGGCUGGAGCAGGAAGCGAUUCAUUUAGUCUGAAGACCAGAGCUGAUAAAAAGGGAGAUUAUUUUGUCAUCAACGGGUCAAAGAUGUGGAUCAGCCAUGCUGAGUACGCAGGGCUCUUCCUGGUGAUGGCAAACGUCGACCCUACCAGGGGGUAUAAAGGAAUCACCUGCUUCUUAGUAGAUCGUGGUACUGAAGGGCUUCAUAUAGGGAAACCAGAAAACAAAUUGGGACUCAGAGCUUCUUGCACCUGUCCAUUAACAUUUGACAAUGUCAAGGUUCCAGAAGCCAAUGUCCUGGGACAAAUUGGACAUGGUUACAAGUAUGCCAUAGGGAUGCUUAAUAAAGGUAGAGUAGGAAUUGCUGCACAGAUGCUGGGACUGGCUCAAGGAUGUUUUGACUACACUAUUCCAUAUAUUAAAGAAAGGGUACAAUUUGGCACCAGAUUAUUUGACUUCCAGGGGCUUCAACACCAAGUGGCUCACGUGGCCACUCAGCUGGAAGCUGCAAGAUUACUAACAUACAACGCAGCCAGGCUUGCGGAAGCUGGAAGGCCGUUCAUAAAAGAAGCAUCUAUGGCCAAAUACUAUGCAUCAGAGAUCGCGGGACGAACAACUAGUAAAUGUAUCGACUGGAUGGGAGGAGCGGGCUACGUCAAAGCUUACCCUGUGGAAAAGUACUUCCGAGAUGCCAAGAUUGGUACAAUAUAUGAAGGAACUUCAAAUAUUCAGCUGAACACCAUUGCCAAGCACAUCGAUGCAGAAUACUGACAUCCACAGCAGUGGGGCCCCUCCCUGAUGUCGCUGGUGUAAAAUCUUAAACUGUUGUGCUUUUGGGGGAUCUGAGCCCUUAGUCUCGGAUCGUGGGGUAGACCUUUCUGUUUUACUUUCCAGUCUGCUUAACUUAGGUACAGGAAAUCAUUUUUAAAAUUUGGGAAGAAAUGCCCCCAUAUUUUCUACAAAACUAUUUUUAAAGUUCUGUAAGUGUUGUCAUUCUAGCUUUAGGGUAUACAGAAGUUUCACUCUAUCAGCAUUUGGAACAAUACAGACAUUUGAACUAUUACUUACAGAUAUGGCUAUUUGAUAUUCCUAUUAAAUCUGUAUUUUGUGGCAUCAGUCAGAAAUCUCUGUUAUAGUUGGCAAUUUUAUAGAGUAGAUAGAUAGAUUCUAAGUAGCUAAACUAGGUAGAAACUGAUAAAAAUUUAUUUAGAAAAAUCUUAAAGUUCUGGUUCUAAAUACCUGAGAAUAGGUGAAAAAUAGGAUAUAACUCUGUAGGUCAAAUAAUUGAAUAAAACCUUAUUUUAACAAAGGAAAGCGUGUAAUUUGUGUGUCUUGAGUUUGUGUUUCAUGGAGGACGAUCUUGUUCACCUCCUAAAACCUGCCAUUAUUGUUAUUUGGGGCUGGGCUGUCAUGGGGCUCAGAAGGUAGAGACUUGAAUACAAGCACCAGGGAACCACUCAACCAUAUUUGAUGGGCAGAGCUGGAUUCAACCCAACUGCCAAGUUAGUAUUGUUAGAGAUUUCAUUUUACAGCCCAAAACGAAUCAGUGUUAAAGAUUUUAGAAUUAUGGAAAGUUAAACCUAGAAAGACCUUAGAGGACCAUCCAGCUAACUCUCAUUUUAAAAGUGAAGGAUUCAUAGCCCAGAAUACUUGCCCAAGGUCAACAGCCAGGGGCAGACCAGACAAGGAUCCAAAUGUAGUGGCUCCCAAUUCAGUGCUCUUCCUACUAUUGAACAUUGGCUCUGUUCAACAAAUUUUGGAUUUUAUGCUUGUUAUAUUUUAAUACUCUUAUUGAUUUAUUUUAGAUUUAACUGAUAAAGAAUUAACAUUUCAGAAAUGUUAAGAUUGAUCAAUAUCAUUAUUUAGACAUAUUAAUCACCUGCCAAAGAAUUAGCUCUCCCAGGGUGGGGCUCAUGUGUCAAAUGUGAAGGUUAUUAUGUGCAAUCAUUAGGUUUUGUGGUUGUGAUGUGAUUUGUAAAUGCAUUAGUUAUAUCCUUGCUGAUGUACUUUCGCUGGUCUUCAUAAAGUGCCAGUUUUGUUGUAAUGGUACAUAUCAGACUGUGUUCAGUGUUAGAAAAUCAGUAUUCUGUGAAGAAUGAAAAAAUAAAGGACAAACUUACCUGGA